AUGACCUCGUGGACUACAAGACCUUCGCUGCUCACGCCAAAGCCUCGUCGAGCAGCGGGAGAAGAAUCAUCAAGUGGCUCGAUUAACCAGGAGGCUGUAGCAGAGGAGGUGAAGCGGCAGGUACGGCUUGCUCUGGAAGAACGUGAGAGCACUACAAAGAAGCUUGAGGAAGAGAAUCAGCAGCUGAGAGAGUUGGUGAUGCAGUUUAUCGAUGCUGGAAAUCAGUCUGAGGUGAACCGAGGCGAGGGCCCGCUCCCACUACCAAGACAAGGUGGCAAUGAGGGCGGGGAAGACUUGAACCUGGCUGGUAAUUCAGGGUACUUGGAGGGCAAGGUGGUUCGGAAUAUGUUCGGGCUCCCCAUGGACUUCCAGUGCAAUCUCAGGUACUCGGAGGGCAAGGAGGCUCGGAAUACGUUCGGGCUCCUGACGGACUUCCAGUGCAAUCUCAGGUACUCGGUGGGCAUGUCAGAACGCCGCCUGGUCUAUCUGAGCAACCAAGGUAAUCUUGGAGAGCAUGAUGUCGGUCAAGUGGACGAUCAUAAGUCUGUCCAGGAGCCGUCCGGUGUCGACUUUCAGGUCGUGAGUGAUGAAGGCGCCAUGGUGGGACAUCUGCACCUGUUGGUGCAGGGCAUGAGGCAGUUGCAACAGCUGCAAAUCUCGAAGAAGGACACGUCUGAAGCAGAGACGAUGAAGGGCAACAUUGAGUUGCCCCCUAUGCCAGAACUUGGGGACGCCGCGGUGGAGUUCAACGAUUGGCUUUACGUGGCGGAGCAGAUGCUAGGUGCCCUUACAGACAGCGCGAGCACGUGGCUCAGUGAGAGCCUUCGGUGUGCGAGAGAAGCCUAUGACCGCUACCAAAGGGCAUCAGCAAUGGACCGACUGACCAUAGUGCCGGUGCUCACGGCGACCCUCAGGGACAAGAAGUGGUACAGACUUGAGCGGAGGGUUUUGACACUGCUGCUCAGCGCAAUGCCCAGAGGCGUGAAGGAGGACACGAUUACCCACAGGGUCGAGAAUGUGACUUCAGUCCUCUAUCGAUUACACGUCCUUUAUCAACCAGGUGGAACGGCUGAAAGAUCAGCCAUCCUCGGUCACCUCAGUGGCUCAAGUGGUACGGAUGACCCAACUGAGGUGGUGGCAAGGCUCCGAAAAUGGCGGCGAUACCUGGCAAGAGCAGAUGAGAUGGGAAUCGCGGCUCCGGAUGCUAGCAUCUUGUUGAAGGGACUUGAUCUUACCCUGCAGAAGGUCCUCGAGAAGUUUCCGGAGGUGAAGUUCAGGCUGAACGAAAGCAGAGGUGCUGGACCUGCGGCGCCACCAACCACAGGCAAUCUGAGUGUCCUACGACCGGUGGUGGGGGAGGAGGAAAAGGCCCAAUCCGUGGAUGCAGAGCAGCGAAGCACUAUGAGCACAGCGGACAACAAGGACAACAGUGGAGCAACGGCAUCCACUACCAGCGGACCAUCGACUACUACCAGCGACGACGCUUCUGCCCAUCGAGAAGAGAUGAGGCAGUUGUUGCAAGAGGCUAACUCGAUGCUGAGCAAGAUCAAGCUGAUGGGCAUGAAGGUUGAUGGCGUGGACUCGGAAAGGGAGGAUCUUGAACUUUUCUUCCUUGCGGCAGGGGCGACUGACGAGAGGAUGGCCUUGUUGGACAGCGGUGCAUCACACCCCUUCCGCCAGGCUGCCAGCGAACUUGAGCUACAACAAGCGAAGGAUGUAUCAGUCGAACUCGCGGACGGCCAGAAGGUGGACCUCCUCCAGACACGAACCGGGACGCUUCUCAACGAUCGAGCCCUGGACCAAUCGCCGAUUGUUCCGUUGGGCAGCCUGGUACAACAGCUGGACGGCUGGGCUGUACGGUGA